AGCAGUGCAAAACGAUAUAUGCUGCGUAUAUCGUGCAUCGAAAUUUACAACGAAAAGGUGCGCGAUUUGUUGGCGGAUCCCGGCAAGAGCUUGCACGUGAACGAAUUUAACCAGCAAACAACGGUGAAGGGCCUUCGAGAAGAAAUGUUUGUUAGCACGGAAGGUGUCGAAAUGAUCAUCCGAAGAGCUUUUGAAAAUCGCGUAUCUGGAGCCACGGCGUUGAACGAGCUUUCAUCGCGGUCGCACGUUAUUCUCCGUUUUGUGAUCGAGUGUUACGAUGACGAUAUCAGCUCAGAUGCCUCGUUAUAUGUCUCCUUCCUCAAUGUGGUCGAUCUGGCUGGUAGUGAAAAUGUGAAGCGAUCGGGUGUCGAAGGGGAGCGCCUGAAAGAAGGCUGCAAAAUCAACACCAGUCUCCUGGCGCUGCAAAGAGUAAUCAAUCAGCUCAGUGAGAAGAAGAACCCCGGCUUCGUAAAUUACCGCGACUCGAAGCUUACGCGAUUGCUGAAAAGUUCGCUGGGUGGUAACGCGCGUACGCUGAUAAUCUGCAACGUCGCCUCCACUGAACUGACACAGACAUUACAGACUUUGAGGUUUGCGGCCCGAGCGAAGGAGAUCAAGAACAAGCCGCGCAAGAAUCGAAUGACCGAAGGAAUGCUGCCGCGCUACAUCGAAACUAUUGAACGCCUCAAAGCGCAGUUGGAGGAAAAUCGAAAGAACGACACAGUGGAGCGCGAUCUGAUCAACAAAAAUAUUGAAUUGAGUAAAGAAGUGGAGCGAUUGCGGCAAUGUAUUCUCACCAGUCAAAUACUUGCUCAACCGAUUCAGACUGUUCGCGAUCGACGAAAUCGAAGACGUACAUGGGCCGGCCCUAAAGCCCCAUACGCAGUGGAUUCAAAUUCACCGUUUGGCAAAUUCCUGCGUUUCGACGUCAAUCCGCCCAAUCUGGACAGUGACGAUGAAAGCUCACCACCGCGAACUGCCGAAGAAGCCACCACGUCGCAGGUCUUUGUUUAG